GCUGGGUUUUGGCGGGAAAUGGCGGCGGCUCCGCAAGAGGAGCGGAGGCCCGAGGCGGCCCCCGCCCGGGCCCAGCUGCUGGACGCCGUAGUGGACACCUUCCUGCAGCGCCUGCUGGCCGCCGCCAGCUACCAGCGAUUUGCCAGCUGCUACCGGCGUUUCCACCAGCUGCAGCCAGAGGUGACGCAGAGAAUCUACGACCAGUUCGUGGCGCAGCUCCAGGCGGCCAUCCGGGAUGAGAUCUCGGAUAUCAAGGAGGAGGGGAACCUGGGGCCGGUCCUGGAUGCCCUGGAUGCCAUAGUGGAGGAGGCCCAGGGCCAGACUGGACCUGCCUGGCGGCCGAGCGGGGACCCCGAGGCCGACACGGGCAGCAUCCUGGUGCCCUGCGCCCAACAGCAGCGGGCGGGCCUGCUGCGGGCCCUCCGCAGCCAGCAGGACGAGAACCGGCGGCUGGCACAGGCCGUGCUGGACGGGCGCGAGUGCAUCCACGCCCUGCAGGAGCGCAUUCAGGCCCGCAGCGCCGCCUGGCAGGCGCUGAGCCAGGACCAGAGGGAGCUGGUGACCAGCCUGGGGGGGCCCAAGUGAGCGGCCACGGCCCCGGUACCCACCGCCGCCGACCCGCUCCUCCUUCCGUCUGUCCGCCCCCCUCCCCGUCCCCCUUACCCUGUCUGUCCGGUCCCUGCUCUGCGGCCCUGGACCUUGUGAAUAAAUCUCCGCCCCCUCCCUAG